CUGGGCGGCUGUCUCCUCCGCUAACCCCCUACAUGACGUCAGCGGGUGUACCACUGCGACUAUGACCGGGUGACGGCGCCCCUGACUAUGGGUGGUGUAUACGAUGGACGAUAUAAAAUCCGGGCCGAUACAGUGAACAAUGGAGGUGCUUUGUAACAGCGAUCAUGUACUCGCCCACAAUGGUCAAAUGGUGACGUUUCAUCUACUGCGCAGAAAAAAUAGCCCAGACCCUGCCAAAAAAAAUGUUCUCACCUUCUCAAGGAAGGCAUUUAAUGCUGAGACUGGACAGUUCAUUGAAAUCUCUGGUGGCGAGUACAGCAUCCAAUCUAGUAAGUCCACGCUGGAACUUGUUCGCGUUCGCUGUGUGGCCGACGCCAGGACCGGCAUUAAGCUUCCAUGCGUUCUGCUGAGGACUUGUAAGAGGAAAUCCGGUGAUUCAUGGCGGCUGAUUUCGCUGCUGCUCCACCCGUCAAAUGAACUGGAAACCUGUCUGAAGUUCAAAGUGGACUCGGAAACCAUAGAAGAUCUAUACAUCACUGAUGGUCCGACCAUUCUGUGGAGACAGCAGGAAAAACUCCUUCAUGUCUCAUCUUUGACUUCAGAAGUUUUUACGGCUCCGAUAGAUAUUUCCGCUGUUCUUUGGGCCGGGACAACUGAAGAAGGAACUUGUAUUUUGGGUGUAACAACCGUGAGAUUGGACGGCAGGCGUUUAACAGGCUCUUCUCUUCCUAAUAGAAGUCUUCAAGGAAACCAGUUUGUUUUGUACUGCCUCGAAAAUCGGAACGCCGUGCCAGGAUCUUGUCUUGCUCCUCAUGCAUACUCAAGUGUGCUGCGCUGCCUUGAAGUUUGUACCAUGCAAAAUGUUAGUGGCAGAUAUGAGACGUCAGCAAUAGCAGCCAGCGGUAAGCAAUUGAUCUGCUUCCAUAAUGGAGUCCCUAAGCAGGUUUGCCAGCUGCCGUCUGAAAACCUUUCAAAACUACAGCUUGCAUCCACAAGCCGGGCGGACUUAUUAUGUGUUCUUUCCUUCUCUUCCGGGGAAGCAUGUGGAAUAUGGAAAGAUGGAUGGAAGACAGCUGCCACCUGGCAACAUGUCCGCAAUAUACUGGUGGACGAUUUUGUGGGCCGUGGCUCCGAUCAAGUUCUCUUGCUGUUCAAUGAUGAUCCAAGCAACUCCUCCAAACCCGGAGCAUUCAGACUGACUGACUGUGGAGACAUCAAUUACCCAGUUGACCACAUGGAUGAUGACCCCGUUGGGUUUCAGGAGAAUCGCCUUCUGAUGUUACAGACACUGGAAGCCAGAUUGCAGGCAAAUCUACUUUCACUUGAAGAACUGCAGCGCCACAUGCAGGUCCAAGACCGAGUGAUUGAAUCGUCAUGCAAUGCGCUAAUGGACAUGUCUCUGGGCAGGGAGGCGUCUGUUCGCUCUGCUGAAAAGGAAGGUCUGGUGUCUCUAUGGGACGAUGUAGAGAAUUGCCAUUUUCCUCCUGCUACAAAUGUUCCUCCACCUGUCGACUGUGAACAACUUGUUGAGACAAUAUGGCAGCGUGUAGUGGAUGAUUUACUAGUGGUUGGUGUGAAGCUGAAAUCUUCAGUUCCAGAAACGCUGAGUGACAUUGGCUUAUCCCUUAUAAUGGAUGAGAAAGGAGCUUCACCCUCCCCAGUUACCGAGUGUCAGACUAAUGUGCUAAAAUUGGCCAUCAGUUUUUCCCGAGAUUCAAGUUCCACCUGCCACGCAGCGAAGAGACAAAGGCUCGACUACCCCGGCAAGGACGACUGUUCAGGGAAUCGCUCGCAGAGACCCUGCCCUCCGUCCUAUCAAAAUGAUUUGGAGCACACCGUUACUGCUGUCACCGAGCUGUCUUCCAUGUUGGCAUUUAAUAACACCGCAUGUGCGUUACUGCUGCACGCCAGGAGGAAAACUCAAGCCGACUGUUUACUUAGAAGUGAGAAGCUGAUUGUACCAUGUGGGAGCAUUUCCUUGAGCCUUGAAGACGUUUUAAAAGGAAAACAUACAAUAAAUGUAUUUGAACACUGUCAAGGAUCUUGGAGUCUGGAAGAUAUUUUCGCAGUCCUGUCAGCAUUUCAGAAAUGUUCCCUCCAUCUCUUAUCACAAGAUUUCACAUUAACAUCAGUAACGGAAUGGAUGAGGACACAUAUGCUUGGAGAGCCCCUGAAGCUCAUACCUGAAAUUUUGGUGUGUAAGAAAGAUGGAUCCAUUUAUGGGACUCUCCUAACUUGGGAUCCCAAGACACCGUGUGAGGGAAAUCUCACUGUGUUUUACAGAAACGAUUCGGUUCUUCUGCAGUGUCUCCACAGCCUGAAAUGUCUUCUCCCGCCAACCUGUGUGGUAAAUGUGAUGAGACAGGGUGACAGGAAUAGUAUGACCAUGAACCUGGCGCAGUCUCUGGAAGAAGAGCUGUUCGCCUUAAGAGACUUGGCAUCAACGGCAGCAAGUGAAGUCGAAAUGGAUUUGACCCUGAACUGCGGGGCAGGGAGAAAAGUCACCAGUGCGACUGACUGCACGUCUGAUCCAAAAGAACAGGUAAAAAAGUAUAGCGAGGAUCUGAGAGCGGAGCAGAUGCAGAUCAGGCUGGGCACACACUUAUCUACCAGCGGUGACACGUAUAGGCGCCACGUACUCAGUGUAGCACAGAUACAAAUGACGUCUGAUGAGUUUGUGUGUAAAGUAGCUAAUAAAUGACCAGGGUUCAUGUGUGAGGCUUUUUUAUUACAUUGAUGCAUAUCAUUAUUUACUGGCACUGUACAUACUUUGGCGGCUACGCUUAUUAAAUGUAAUAGUCACAUAAAGUUAUCUUUUAUUGUUUUAAUGCUCAUAUUAAAGGGAUGUUCUUUUUUCUUUUCUUUUUUUUUUUUUAACUUUGAUAUUGAUAGCCUUUUCUUAAAGAUAGGCAAUCAGUAUCAUAUUGGUGGGGGUCUAACUGGCUUCACUCCCCACAGAGGAGCUGGUUAAAGGGGCCCUAGUGCUCCAGCAAGCACCACGUCCCCACAGUGGCUGUGUCUGGUACUGCAGCUCCAUUCUUUUAAAAGGGAAAGAGCUACUGAACCAGGUGUAUAGCAUUGUGCUUGGUGAGCUAUGAAGGGGAUGAGGGGCUCACCAGACCACCACCAAUGUAAUGAUACGCCAUGAAGGUCAAGUUCCCAUAAAACACAGGGACUACACUACUCCAUUCUUCAGAUGAAAAAGGAAAACAGUUUGUUAUUGUAAUUUACUCUUUAGUUAGUUUUUAGGUUAUGCAGUCUCACCGAGAAGCUGCUAUUAUGUUGUGGCCACAUGUGGCAGAUUUUCCAUAAUAGAAUUCCAUGGCAAACUCUGCAUAUGCUACACGUGGAUUUGUCAUGUAUUUAGCUGUGGAUUUCAUCAUGUGCUUUGCAAAGGGUGAAACCCACUAUAGAAAUCUACAGAAUAAAUAAUCAUCACAGGCCAAAUUCCCUUGCAGAUUUUUCCUGCAACAUGUGGAUAAGAUUUUGGGAAAUAGUCCACUUUGCUGCU